CCCGCCCCGCCGCCUUCCCGCCGCCGGCUCCGCGUGCUGCCGGACUCGUUCCAACGCCUGUAAAACAUGGUGGGUUACUAUGAAGUUCUAGGCGUGCAGAGACGUGCCUCCGCCGAGGACAUUAAAAAGGCGUAUCGGAAACUGGCGUUGAAGUGGCACCCAGAUAAAAAUCCUGAGACUAAAGAAGAAGCGGAGAGGAAAUUCAAACAAGUAGCCGAGGCGUACGAGGUGCUCUCCGAUGCUAAAAAACGGGACAUCUAUGACAGGUAUGGCAAAGAAGGAUUAAAUGGUGGAGGUGGAGGUGGAGGUGGAAGUCACUUCCACAACCCGUUCGAGUUCGGCUUCACAUUCCGGAACCCAGAUGCUGUGUUCAGGGAAUUUUUUGGUGGAAGGGACCCGUUUUCAUUCGACUUCUUUGGGACUCGGCGGGGUCCGCGUGGGAGCAGGCACGGGGGAACCACCUGGUUCUUCUCCGCCUUCACAGGGCUCCCGGCUUUCGGUGGAGCGUUUCCGUCUUUUGAUGCAGGAUUUACUUCCUUCGGGUCAGUAGGUCAUGGAGGUCUCCCUUCAUUCUCUUCGACGUCAUUGGGUGGUAGUGGGAUGGGCAACUUCAAGUCCGUGUCGACUUCUACCAAAAUUGUUAACGGAAGAAAAAUCACUACAAAGAGAAUUGUCGAGAACGGUCUAGAAAGAGUAGAAGUUGAAGAAGACGGCCAGUUAAAGUCUUUGAUGAUAAAUGGUGUGGCAGAUGAGGAGGCCUGCCGGCUCCGAGGCCAGCACACGCUGCCCGAGCAGCCCGCCAGCACCAGCGCCCGCCCUCGGAGGCUGCACAGGCCCACCCUACCACCCGAGCAGGAGCAUGAGGACGACCCAGGCCGCCAUCAGGCCGCCAGCCGCUGGGACCCCUCCGCCUUCUCAGCAGGACUCAAAGAAGGUGGCAAGAGGAAGAAGCAGAAGCACAGAGACGAGUCCAAGGAGAAGAAGACCAAGGGGCAGCACUAGAGCGCCGGCCUCCGCGGCGUCGCGCUGUGUGGUGUGUGCACGCGAUAGCCCGGGCUCCGAGUUGAGGGUUCGAGGAAGCAGACGGCUGCCUGGCACACGGGCGCCAGCAGGCACGAGCUCGAGUUUCGUCUGUGGACACUGCCCUCCUGUGUGGCCAGCCUCGCCUCUGUGCUUUCUCUGCACCACCCGCUGCCUAACGCUCUGCUCCCCAGCUGCGGUGGGGGGCGUCCAGCUGCCUCCUGUGGCAACGAUACCUCCGCUAACACCAGAGCCUGCUGCCCACCCGCCUUUUCCUCGCCCUCGUGGAAACAAGGGAUUUGUGCGAAGUGUGGAUGUGACGCAAAAAUGCCAGCAACUCAAACCCACAGCACGGAGCCAGGGACUUGGGCUGGCCUGUGCUGCCGUCUGG